AUGAGCCACCAACAUCUCUCCCUCCCCUCCGUCCUUCCCUCGGCUCCUGCCCUCCAGGAUGUGUCUACCACUCCUCAGCAGCUACAGUCGGGUCUCGCUCGAGUAACUAACCCCACGGAGUGA